AUGUCUGAGCAUGAGUACUCUAGUCUCAUUGAGGGCCACACCCUUCUUCAGCGACGUGUCCAGCCCCUUCUCAAAAUCAUACACCAGAAGAAUGAAGCAAUUUCACAGGCGCGAUCAAAGGCAGACGCUCUGCUCGGGCCCUAUCCAAGACCUCCAGCUACCGGCCGGGCACAUUAUUCACCAAACAACAUCGACAAAGCGUACCGGCAUUUGGCCAAGUUGACAGCCGAGAACGACUUGAAAAUCUCCUUAUUGUGCAAGGUGAUCGCGCCUCAGGCAAAAAAGUCGAGUCGUUUGCUGUGCAGCUGCAUCUAUUAUGAUCUACCCCGUGAAGUCCGCGACAUGAUCUAUGGAUUCCUUCAUGCACACGAGACCAUUUAUGUCGGACCUGAAUACUUCGACCAAACCAAACAGCCUUGCGAGACAGAUCGAGAUGCACAUUAUUGGGAUGUAGACUAUGUCGGUGCAGACGUGCAGCGUGAAAUAGUGGAGAGUUGGUAUCGGACAACACUCUUCUACUUCUAUGAUAAGCACAACAACAUCGAAGUCGUCACCAAAUUUCUCAAUACAGAUAGAUGGCAAUUAGGGAUCAAGCCACGCCACUUCAUCCGCAAGGCCAGGUUCGAACUCGAUGCCAGCCACCCCCCGGCCAACAUGCGAAUUGAGGAUGUACACGAACAUACCACACAAGGUAUACGGCCGUUAAAGAAUCUGCACCUACUUCCCAAUCAUGUUUCCUUCUUUAUCCGUAUUCAUACGUAUGGCGAUGUGAAACAAUACCUUCUUCCAUCAGAGUGGAUGCAGUCGAUUGUGGGUGAUCUACAUCGGAGUUUGAACGCUCUUCAUCGUGCGGGUCAUAAGUUCGUUGUUAAAUGGCCUGACUACGAAGACUUGGAGUUCAACCGAAAUGACUGUUCUCUGUCUGCAGAUGAAUGGAUGGAGCGUCUAGUGGAUGCGCAAAUGCGGAUAUUGUCAGCAUAA